UUUUCAAUUUUUGCAGACAGCUAGCGCCAGCCAUCUUUUCCAAUUAGAAAUCCUCAGUGUUCAGUAAAUAAAAAAUAAAAAAAUAGUUUAUGCUAAUUUAUAGAAAAAUUGUUUAACUUUAAUACAAAAAACAAUACAAAUUCUCAUCUUGCUUUAUUUGGAAAUGGAUAACAAUGCCCCCGAAGAGACGACACUCGAUGAAUUAAACAGCAAACAUCGCAAAGAAAAAAAAGAACUCCAAUCACAAAUACAAUCGUUGAAAAAAAGCGCCGCCAAAGGUGACAAAAAGAAACGCAAAGAAGUCCAAGAAGAAAUAUCUCGCCUUGAAUUAGAUUUGGAAAAACGACAAGCCAAUCAAUUGAAUGAAUUUCAAAAUGAACGUAAUACCACUCAGCCUAACGAACAGGCAACUGGCAUCACAGAAGCCCCAGUCGAUGAAAUCGCCGUUCAAACAGUCACAAAUGAUUUCCUCUCCUUAACCACCAACGAUUUAGAUAAUCAACCAAAACUCACCAAAGCCCAAAAACGUCGCAAUAAAAAAGCUUCCGAAGAAAAACAAAGAGAAGCUGAAAUCCAAGCGAGCGAGGAAGAAAACAAAAAUGGCCCCCGGAUGUUAGAACAUUGUGCAAUCGCUGACAUCCUCAAGAAACGUCAACUCAAACUAUUCUCGAUUGCAUCCGAUGGAGAUUGUCUUUACAAAGCCGUUGCACAUCAAAUGCAACUCACUGGACGCAAUGCAUUUACAGUUGCUGAGCUACGCCAACAAACUGCCAAUUACAUCCUUGCAAACAAGGAACAUCUGAUUUUUUACAUGACCAAUUCAAAUACAGGAGAAAUUCUGACUGACGACGAUUUCAUAAAUUAUUGCCAAAAUAUUCGAAAUACCGCUGCGUGGGGCGGUCAAAUUGAAAUAAAGGCAUUAUCGAGUGCGCUGAAGGUUCCCAUUGAAGUUAUUCAAGCAACUGGACCUUCAACUAUUCAAGGUUCUGAAUAUGAUGAACCAAAUUUGGUGGUAACUUAUCAUCGGCUAAUGUAUAGUUUGGGAGAGCAUUAUAAUUCCACUAGACCGAUAACAGACAACGAUAUUGAUGAGAAUGAUGGAGAAUUUGAAAGAGAGGAUGUUAAAAUUGAUUCGUAAUUGAUUCUAGUCUGGCUACUGCUCAUCUCUCAACUGUAUUCAAACAUUAAAAAUUGUUAGAGAAGUUUUAAACUUCCAAGUUUAUUAUUUUAUAAGUUAACUCAUAAAUUAAAGAAAAACUACAUAAAAAUAUCGA